AUGGACGACGAAGUAAAGAUCAGAUGGCAAACCUUCAACGAUGUGCUUAGGCGUCCUAUUACAAAAGCCGUCAAGAAGGCAGUUGACGACAAUAUUUCAAUGAGCAAUGCGGUGAAGUCACACGGGAGCAACACUCUGAAUAAAGCACCCCCUUCUUGGGUGGUUUCCGCCGUCGACAAUCCUUAUGGACCCAUUGAGAAGCGAGCGUAUUUCAAAAGACCGGAAGAGGUCGCAUUUGUGUCUACAUGGGCAAACAAGGAGAGACACAAAGUUGCUUCCAGUAGGUCUAAAUACGAACUCGACUUCAUGAUAUUUGAUUCGAGCACGCGAAGAUGGAUCAUGAAGCCUGAUAUUACGAGUGGAAAGGUCGAGGUCAAAAAGGCACCCAAAGACUGGUGGAAGGACAAAGGGAACAAGAAGACGCCUGUCAUAAGAUAUAAGGAGAGGAUGUUAAAGAAGGCGAUUAGAAACCGGGAAAGAUUAAAAGGGAAUCAGCCCAAGAAAACUCAUCUCGAUUAAGACGAAGCUGUUGCUAUUGCACUACUGUUCCUUGGUCCCCUGGUGGCUCUAAUCUAGCCCUAGUAGUCCUAGUAAACCACGAACUACU